CCCUGAAAAGUUCAACACGUAAUCACCGACCACCUUCAUUGAUCCAAUCACAAGAAGCGGGCUUCAGCAUUACAGUUGAUCUCCAUCUCCUGCUGCUCUGAACGGCGUCUGCAACUGAAGUUCUUAGCCUUCAUCUUCAUCGUUCAAGACGUGUGUGAGUAUAAUAUAUAUAUAUAUAUACAGUGUACGACUCUGCAUCUUGAUUUGAGCUCAUGUUCAACCAACAGACAAAAGAGAACAAUGGUUUCACUUCUCAUAACACUAUUAGCUAUUCUAGUGUUCUUCCUCUUCGUUCUUCACACAUUUAGAUGCUUUUUAACGAAGACCACCGUCCCUCUACCACCGGGACCUCCCGGACUUCCUAUAAUUGGAAACCUGCAUCAGCUUGACACCUCUCAUCUCCCAGACCACCUAUGGCGUCUCUCAAAACGUUAUGGACCCUUGAUGUCCCUGCGCCUUGGUUGCAUCCGAACCCUCGUUGUUUCUUCUGCUGAAAUGGCCAAAGAGAUCUUGAAAACUAAUGAUUUGGUCUUCUGCACGAGGCCUGUGUUAACAGGCCAACAAAAGUUUUCUUACAACAACAAAGACAUAGCUUUCUCACCAUAUAAUGAGCACUGGAGACAGAUGAAAAAGAUUUGCACCCUUCAUCUCUUUUCAUCCAAGCAAGUGAAGUCGUUUCGUUCGGUUCGCGAAGAAGAAGUCUUUGAUAUGAUUGAUACCAUAAAAUCUCGAGCUGCGACCAAACAAGUGGUGAAUUUGAGUGAAACUAUGAUGAUUCUCACGAAUAACAUUAUUUCUAGGGUGGCCUUUGGAAAGAGACUGUACGCAUUUGAUGGUGAAGAGAAAGAAGUUAGGCGAUUCCAUCAGCUGCUCUUAGAGAGUCAAGCUAUGUCUGUCACCUUUUAUUACAGAGAUCAUUUUCCUUUGAUGGGGUGGGCGCUGGAUAAACUCAAUGGAAGCAUUGAUCGAUUGGAAAAGAAUUUUAACGACCUGGAUGACUUCUAUCAAGAACUCAUCGACGAGCAUCUAAAAAGGAACAGGCCGAAAAAAAUGGAAGACGAUAUGGUUGAUAUUUUGCUUCGGCUCAAGCAAGAGUCUGAUUCCUCCAUUGAUCUCACUUUCGAUCACAUCAAAGCUGUGCUCAAGAAUAUAUUGUUCGGUGGUACAGAUACAAGUGCUGCAACAGUGGUCUGGGCAAUGACUUUACUCAUCAAGAACCAUGAAUCUUUGAAGAAAGUUCAACAAGAAGUGAGAAAUGUGGUCGGCAAAAAAGGCAAAGUACAGGAAGAUGAUCUUCAAAAGCUCUACUAUCUGAAAGCAGUAAUCAAAGAAACACUUAGAUUAUUCCCAGUUGCACCCCUCUUAGUCCCACGAGAAUCAAGAGAUCGAUGCGUUCUAGAUGGAUACGAGAUUCCAMARGGAACUCUGGUGUAYGUGAAUGCAUGGGCARUAGGGAGAGAYCCUAAWYGUUGGGAAAACCCUGAAGAGUUCAAGCCMGAGAGGUUUAUGGGCAGUARUAUUGAUUACAAAGGAACUGAUUUUGAGUUGAUCCCAUUUGGGUCUGGUCGAAGAGUGUGCCCGGGGAUGUCACUAGGAGUUGCGACGGUGGAGUUAGCCCUCUCGAAUCUCGUUUACGCAUUUGACUGGGAAUUGCCUGAUGGAGAGAAGGAUAUCGAUACUUUGGCAGCUCUGGGGAUCGUUUCUCACAAGAAGAAUGCGCUUCGGCUCGUGGCUAGAGUUUAUGAUUAUGGCUGCAAGAGUUGACGAUUAGGUUAGUCUGAGCCACACACCUCUUUGUAGCACCGAGUUAGCGUAGCUUAUAAAUAGCAAGGUGGUAUUUAUGUGUAAUCUUCAAGUGAUUGUUAGCAUAUAUCAAAACAGAUUACAUGUUGGCGUGAGCUCUCAUCAAUCAAGAUAAAUGGAAGGCUCUAAUUGUGCAAGGUCAAGUAAACAAAGAAGGUAGAAUAAUUAUAGCGAAGGGUGUGUACACCAAGUAUUUUCUUUGUUUAGUUUCCUUUGUAA